AUAAACCCAACCUCGGUUCAGCAGCACCUGCUCCAGCAGGAGGCGGAGGCGGCGGUGCCAGAAGUGGUGGAAAUAGUGGAGGAGGAGGUGGAGGUGGUGGUGGCGGUCCACUAGGCCUCGGCGGCCUCUUUGCCAAUGGCAUGCCCAGGCUGAAGGCCACCGGCUCCAGUUUAAUACCUGAAAAGACUAUAUCCAAUAGUCGAGGUACAACGAGUACUACGAGAACAGCUGAGCCAACGCCCGCUGGCUUCUCAUCCACAGCCUCAGCCAACAAACCUUCGCCCAACAACUUCAGCAGCAGUGGUGGCGGUAGCAAUAGCAAUAACAAGUUCAGCUCUAGGCCGCCAGCUGCAGCUGAAAACUCCUCCUCACCCUCUAGGCAGUUUUCCGCCAAGUUGAACACGCUGAACAAUAGCAGUAAUAGUCGGUCAACAAGCAAUCACAGCAACAGCAGUCUGUCUGUUGCCAACAACAACACCGGUGCCGGUCGAAAAUCCUCUAGUCCUGAAAUUGAGAACGCCCGCAAGAAGCUGCAGGAGACGCUCUUUCAGAAUACCCCCAACAACAACACAUCCUCACAACCUCCAGCUCCUCCAGCCUUCUCCAGCGGUAAUAACUCUUCAACACUUCACCGGAGUGCGCUGCACAGUAGCAACAGCAACAGUGGGAACAACAGCCCGUCCAUCAGCAAUAGCAAACCAGUGCCGCCGCAGAAGUACCACACCAUCAGUCCGAAGAAGAACAGCUACAGCAGCAGCAGUUCUACUCACAACAAUCACAACAACAGUAACAGCGACAGCAUGCCCGCUCACAAGGGCCAGGCGCCGCAGCCUCCCACCGGCGGCGGCGGCCUGAACCCUCCUCGGUCCUCCAUUCACCGCUCAAACUCGCAGGUCAGUGCUGGGUCUGGUAGUAGAACGACCUCGGGCAGCAGCAGCGGCACUAGCUCGCAGCACUCUCGCCCGUCGCCGAAGCCGCCCAAUGUGAAGCCGCCACCGCCGCCGAAGCAGUCCUCUCUGGCCGGAGAUGGUAAUGGACAGCCGGCGAGAGGAACGGCAGCAGCAGCCCCGCCGCCACCACCGCCCCCCUCGGCGGUGACGGCCACCAACUCGGCGAAGCUAAUCUCGGCGAUGAUGAUUGGCGGUGGUGGUGGUAAUGGUAAUGGUAAUGGUAAUGGUGGUGGUAACAAGUCCUCACUUCAUGGAGGAGGUAAUGCUGGUGGUCCACCACAGCCACCGUCAUUUGUGAAGCCCCCCGCGCCGCCACGUAACUCCAGCUACCCGAACUCCCUUUCCUCUGCUUCCUCUUCAAGUGGAGGCGGUGAUAGCAGUAGCAACAAUGCCUCUGCAGCCGCCCCUCAGCGAGCGGCGCCGCAGUUGAACCAGGCCAUGAGGGCACAAGGUGGUCACAAUACGAUAAGUAACAGUAGCAAUAGCAGUCUUCAUCCGCAAAACAACCAUCACCCCCAGCAUCAUCAUCACCACGCCUCAUCCACUUCGCUUUCCUCGACGUCGAAGGUGAUUCGACCGCCGCCCGGGCCACCGCCGCCGCCGCCGAAUCGGGUGUCCAGUGUGACCACCACUGGCAACCAGGGCAUGACCUCGACGAUGGGACGGUCGACGAAACCGGCGCCGCCUAUUCCCCUGCACAUUGCCCUGCCUGAUGGCGGUGGCGGUGGUGGUGGAGGGAUGAUGAUGCAACAGCAGCAACACUAUCAGCAGCAGCAGUCGCCAAUGAUGGACAGCUUACCGCCACCGCCGCCACCGGUGAGGCACGCUUCCAUCAAUGCGAAAGAACCCUUUGCAAAACGGUACAUUUUCAAGGAGAUUUGCGAGUUGCCGGCGCCCGGGCCGAUGCUCAAUCAGAACAAGUCCUAUCCUAGCCAUGGCGCGGCACAUCGAGGUCGGCGGCGUGAACCUCCGCCUCCGCCCCCUCCAGGUCACCACCACCACCAACAUCCGUUUCCGCCACCUCCCCCAGCGGCUCCACCGGCGCCCCCGUCGAUGAUGGCACCGAUGAUGGGGGCAGUGGCGGCCAACGGUGGACAGUUUGCCAACUACCCCGACAAGCGGUUUCACAUUCAAAUAAACCGGACCCCCAACUACUAG